GCCCGGCCCGGCCCGCUCCCAGCGCGCUGCCGUCGCAGCCCCCGCGGCUCGCGGGGAGGCCAACCCCGCAGCUGAAGCAACUUGCCUCGGACCCUCGGUGAGGAGGGGCGGCGCGCGGGGCCGGACGGGAGCAGGAGAGGCGUGCGGGCGCUAUGCCUCCGGCCGGCGGUCUCCGCGCGCCGCGCCCCGCCGCGCUGCCCCGCAGCCUGUCCCGCCUGCGCGAGUGCCCGGGCCGCUCUCGCAUCGUGCUGGCGCUCGGGGCCACGCAGAUGGCGCUCGGAUGCCUCAUCGUGGCCGUCAGCUUCGCUGCGCUGGCGCUCACCACCUCGGCCCGCGUCCGCCACUCCUGCCCCUUCUGGGCCGGCUUCUCGGUGCUGCUGUCGGGACUUAUCGGCGUCGUCUCCUGGAAGAGGCCCCUGUCCCUCGUGAUUACCUUUUUCAUGCUGCUCUCUGCAGUAUGUGUAAUGCUGAAUUUGGCUGGUUCAAUUCUCUCCUGUCAGAACGCUCAGCUAGUCAACUCCCUAGAAGGCUGUCAGUUGAUUAAGUUCGACAGCGUCGAGGUGUGUGUCUGCUGUGAGAUGCAGCAUCAGUCGUCGGGCUGCAGCAACCUUGGAGAGACACUGAAGCUGAACCCGCUGAGGGAGGACUGCAACACCGUGCGGCUGACCUUAAAGGAACUGCUCUUCAGCGUGUGUGCCCUCAACGUCCUGUCCACCAUCGUGUGUGCGCUGGCCACAGCCAUGUGCUGCAUGCAGAUGGUCUCCGCUGACGUCCUGCAGAUGUUCCUUCCACAAAGGGCGCCUUCCGUCAGCCCGGCCUGCAUGACCCCGCAUGGCACUGUCCUCCACCAGACCCUGGAUUUUGAUGAGUUUGUGCCUCCACUGCCCCCUCCGCCCUAUUAUCCCCCGGAGUACACCUGCACGCCCACCACUGAGGCCCACAGGGGCCUCCACCUGGACUUUGCUUCCUCCCCAUUCGGCACUUUGUACCGCGUCACCAUCAACAGCCCCGGCCUGCUCUACCCCGCCGAGCUCCCGCCGCCCUACGAGGCCGUGGUGGGCCCGACCCCCACCAGCCAGAUUCCAAGUGGGGACCCGCAAGUGACUGAGCCCGGCUCCGGGGACCCAGACGCCACCGCGGGCUUCAGCACGCAAGCGCCGGCCGACAGCUCCAGCCUGCUGGCCCCCGAGGGCACUGCCACGCCGGGCCUGAGCCGCCCACCCUCUGACGGCCCCACGGGCACCCUGCUGCCCGCCGCACACCCGCGCCGCACAUCCCCUGAGGGCCCCCCCCAGGGCACGCGGGCGCGGCCAGGUCCCAGGCGCGUGGCCCGCUCUGCCAGCGACCCCACCUCGUGGGGCCCCUCCAGGGCGUCAGGUGAUGACUCGUCACACACCCCAUCCUGCAGCCAGGAUCUUGAAGCAGGACUGUCCCGGGCUGCACGGGGAACCGCUUCCUUGUCUCACUCUGUCAUGGUUGCCUGUGCCUGUCGGCCCCAGCUUUCACCCCCCAGGGAACCAGAUGCCUGGAAAACGGACCAGCGGUUAAAGCCAGAGGCCUUACAGACAGUCUCCAAAGAGCGGCCGCACUCCUUAGUGGACAGCAAGGCCUACGCGGACGCCAGGGUUUUGGUGGCUAAGUUCUUGGAACACUCGAGCUGCUCCCUUCCCGUGGAGGUGAGGCACGUGGUGGGCUCCGCUCGCUCGGCCAUCCCCUCCGAGGAGUGCCACGUGGAGGAGGCCGUCCUCAGCGCCCGUGUCCUGGACCAGCUGUGAAGGCGCCUCCGUCUGGAUGUGGACAUGGACAGACCUGGUGCCAGAGUCCCUGCCGGGGACGCCGGGCCUGUGGGGAGAGGCUGCUUCCCCGGGUGGAUCAAGCGGCGGAGGCCCUUCCCUCCUCCAGGGGGACCCCAUCGGCUGUUUUCUGGGGGCUGACGCUUCCUACCUGUCCCAGUGAUACAGUGGAUGACUCUCUCGUGUCCAUCGUGAAUUCUUCCCUGUUGUCAGGCAGGUAGCACCUUGAACUAGCCACGUGACAGCGAUCCAGUGGCAGGGGACACGCAUGUAGCUAGAGAAACUGAAGUAUCUUCACAAUCGGGGCCAUGGAAGAGCAGGAUUCUCCUGCACCCCAGUCCCCACCCCCACCCCGAUUUAGUUUAGUGUUUAAAGGGGUAGAGGAGUCCAUCAGGCAAUGAGCCCAUUUCCCCUUGCAGUUUGAAUCAAUGAUCAACCCUUUCUUAGAGGCUGAUUUUUAAGAAAGUAAGUCAUUCUAGCCCAGAUGGCAGCGGGGGUCCAGCCUUAUGCCCGCAGGGCGACAGGGCCACCCUGUGAACAAACAUACAAUGAGGGACUCCCCAGGGGGGCCCGGCCACCCUGUGGCAAGGGGCUUUGAGGGACCUGCACCCCCAACCCCCACACCUUGUCUCCCGGGCAACCCCUCCCUGCCUCUCCCUGCCCCAGGGCAUUUUCCCAGCUUCCUCUCUGGCUGUCUCUCCACUGUCUCUUUAGCCAGCUCAGCACAGAGCACUUUGAGUAGUUAUUUGCCCCGUAACAAUAAGCCCCCAUGGCGAGCCGCCGGGGUUCUCCCACAUCUGCCCUCGCCAGACUGGCCUCAAGGGGUCUCUGAUGACUCAGAGCAGCCCCUUCCCCAGCCGGGCGGCAGCCGCCACGUGUGCUUUGGAAGAUGCCACCUGUCGACCACUCCUUUCCGUGAACCACCCCCACCUCGAGCUGGGUGCGCAGAAGCCUCGCCACAGCAGCUUGGGUGCCCUGGACUUUCUAGGACCCCUGGGCCGCCCUGUUCUGGCAACCUCAGCAGCAGCUGCUUCCCAACCAGGGUCGUGGAGCAGCGCUGUCCUCAAGGACUUUCUGCAGCCACGGGGAUACCUGUGCCAUCCUGGAGUGUGGCUGCCAGACACCCCGAGGAGCCCCUCGUCAGCUGCCAAUGCUUUGCUUCCUAAUGUUAUCAACGGUCACUGCCGUCCGGAGGUGAGAGCUGGACCAAUAUAUAAAUCAGGCCUUGUGAUGAUAGCCGGAACUUCUCCGCUCGAGACAUCACAGAGGAGAAUUUAUGAGCACUUUAUCCAGACUAUAAAACGGGAAAUCUCUACUCUAAUUUUUCUCAACUGAGGGCUUUUGAAGUCCCCAAAAGUAAAUCUCUCUGCAGGUAAAGUAAAUUGAUGGUUUUUCCAAGGGGCCUCCCCUCAGCCUCCCAGCAAAGCAUGGAUGGCCCCAGCGCCCUGGCCUCGGCAUCAAGGCAUCUCUGGGGUGGCAACCAGAGCUUAGCAGGCUGCAGGGGUCUCACCUGGGUGGGGGGCUCACGGCAGGGCCCUGGGCCAAGCCUGCAGGUCUCAGACAGGCUGCCUCUCGAGUGAGGCCAGCCCUUGCGUCCAACCCCACCUCACGGGCAUCAGAAUUGUUACCCUGCCGCGGGCUGGGUGACCUCCAGGGGGCCUGGCCUGCUGCUCUGUGUCUUUUGCUUCCCCUCCCUGCAGGGCGCCAUGUCUCCUGCCUCCGAGCACCUGCCACAGCCUGUGCCUCCCCCUGGGUGCAGGUAGGUGCUCUGGCCUGAAGCCCACCGGCCGGCCGUUCUCAAGUGCUCGGCCCUCACACGUGUCCUCACAGCAUCUCUAUCUUGCGGGUGAGUACACUGUACCCAGUUCUACAGCACUGGGCUGACACCUUCUGAGGGCCCACGUCGGCUCCUGCAGGGCCCAGGCACCUGGCUCCCAGGAAAGGUCCCGGGAAGAGAGAGGUGCCUGGCAACGGGCCGGGGUCUGACUCCCCAGCCCGGGUACCUUCAACCCCGCUCUGCUCGGCGGCACCUGGGAACCAGCAGCCCCGGCAUCGAGCGCCCUGAGCCCCAGGCUGUGUCGGCUCAUAGCCAAGGGGAAAGGCAGUGUCCCCCCGUCACUGGUGCGUCCUCGUCCGCUCGGCCCUGGUCUCCUUGCUCUCGUUAACACGUCAGCAGGCAGGUCCCCACGGGCUGCGCUGGAAGCCAAGGCCCAGGAUGCCCCCUGCACAGGGCCCGGGGCCUGUGCUCUCCUGGACCUCCCCCACCAAAAAGAGGGCCAGCACAGAGCCAGUGCCUGUCUGGCACUGCCAUUAGACCCCCACCCAGGGACCACAAGGAUGCUGGGCUGGAGGAACUCCAGACCCCUACUCUAUGGCAAACAGGGGGGCGCUUAUCCUUCACAAGGACUUAAGGGCUUCUUCAGCUGGUGACAAUGACACAAAUUAAAUGCGUGUAACAAACCACAUAAAAGAAAGCUUAUUUCGAAUGGAUGUUUUCUCCCCCACAGCUGUAUUGAUCCACAGAUGCUGCUAUUAAGGCAGAAUUUAUAGGAAAUUGUUUUCAAGCCUGUUUGUACAACUGGCAGGCUGUAUUUAUUUAAUGUACCUCAAGGUGUUUUCAUAAUGAUCAGUGUUUUAAUAAAAACUAUUUCUGGCCUCUGUCUCUGAGGUCUGAUCGGGACAGAUGCCGAGAGCCGUGUGUACUGCUGGUGACCAGGUGCCAAGCGAGGGCUCAGGCCGGACGACCGACCACGGAGCACGACCCACCCCUGGCACCUGACUGUGUUCCCUAACAUCCUUCUGGAGACAGACCCUGGGGGUGUGAGGGGAGCGGGCAGGCGCCCGGCCCACAGCUGUCCCUCUGUGGGACGUGUCCCCAGCUUCUGGGAGGAAUGCAGGCCCUUGACUUAAAGCUCUCUUUUUUUUUUUCUUUGAAAUGUGUAGCACAUGAAGGGACGCCUGCCCCCCGUCAUCUGCUAGCCGUGGGUUUCCUCUCCGGAGCCCAUUCACCUGCCUCAUUCUGGGCGCUGCAGGGCCAUACCCCUGGGCCCCCCCGAGCCGAGGCCUCUUCCCUCCAGCUCUCACCCCAGGGUGUGGGCCAUCCCUGCCUAGUGGCUCACAGCAUGGAACUAAGAUCCCAGCCAGAGAAGGGGCCCGGCUUGCCCAGUGUCCCUUGAUAACAUGCUGGAACACCGCCCAGGGCUUCUGACCAGAUCCCCAUGCCAGGGGACACCGGGACCAGGACGGUGACCACAGAACGCAGUCAGUGAUGGGAGCACUGCCAAGUCCUGCUAUCAGAAAAACACCGAGAUCCUUCCUGGUGACGUCUGCUGCUCAUGACUAGCUGUAACCCUCAGGAGACUUGCAGAACCUCCUGCAAAAAAUACGUGCUCCAUUGCAUGUCCUCCCCCUUCACCAAAAUCACAUGCACAGUGACCUUCCCCCCUGCCUCUUUGGAGCAGUUUACCAGAGCUAUAUGAAAUGCUGUCUCCUGGGCUACAGUCCUCAUUUUGCCCCAAAUAAAACAACUCACAACUCUCACGUUGUGCAUUUGUUCAAGUCGACACCGUGGUCACCACCCCGAUGGCGGCUUAGAGAGCGUACCCUGACUGCGCAGACUGUGACCUGGGCGCCCCGUCCAGGUCUUCAGAGGGUUUUACACGCGGUCAAGGGCCGUUUUCCCUUCAGCUCAAGCUGACACCAGGUGCAUAAAAAGUUGGACUUUUGACUGUGCACCGAGCUGAAGGCAGGCUGGGGCGCCCAGGCCUCCUUGGAAACUGCAAGGGGCAAGCUUUGCCUCGGCAUGAGACCGAGAGGCUCACACACAAAGUGCGUGUGCGGCGGGCGGAGGCCUGGAGCCCCCCAGCCCCUGGGGGUCAGUUAGCAAAUGAGCCUUUGGGGCCUGACCUCAGUCCCUGGCACCACAGAGGCUGGGUACGCCAGCAAGGCACAGAGACGGCUACCCGGAGAGGCCAACCGUGGGGGGCACAUACCCUAAAUCCCACCUGGGCCCCGGGCUCUGCUUCUGCUUCCUUUAAGCACUCUGCUCCGCAGGCUAGCCGGGGACCCAGCCGUGCUCAGGCCCCUGUGGGUGACCGUGGCUCUAGGGGGUGGGCUGGCAGACCUCCAGCGCCCAGGGAGAGGCGGCCACAGGUGCAGCCACCCCCAGGGGUGUGCAGCCAACCCCCCAGGCCUGCCCUUCCUCCGGGCAAGCCGUUCUCAGGCCUUAUCUGACCAACCCAGAUGGCCAGUCUGGCCGAAGCGUUUUCUUGUCACCCAGGCUCCCCCCCCGGCCCCCAACACCAGGAUCUGUCUGAUCCACUUAGACGUUUGCUCCUUCAUCAGCCUGCGAAGCCUUUUCCCAUCAGCAGAUUCAUUCUAAUUCCUCAACCUGAAACCCACCCCCAAGGCCCAGCAAAACACCAGAUCUAGUGAUCGGUGACUCCUUUUCCGAAUGUGCUCAGGGAUGAUGGAAAACACAGGCAGACAAGCUCAUCUCUCAGGACCAGCCAGGACCGGCUUCCAACACCCUGGGCCUGAGGCCCAGCCUGACUGAUACCCAUUCACCUCAGGUCCAGACAGUCGGACGCAUUUCUCCCGCUCCCAGCCCAGCUCCCCCGCCCGACUGAUGGCCCCAGCGGGGCGGCUGUCUCGAGGCGUCUACUUAGGACAAUUGGAUUUUCCUUUCUUUGAAGCCAUUUGUAAGAGAAGGCUAACGGCGCCUACCUGGCCUCCUCCUUCCUGAGAGCUGCUGUCUGCCACCACCCAUGCAGGGAAACAGGCCUCCUCCCCCAGCCUUGGGACUUUCACAAAAUACUGAGUGGGUUACCGUGGCCCCAGGAAAGGUGUCCUGACCGGACAUGAUCUGAAGGCCCCUCAGGGAAGAGCACCAUGCUCCCCCCACCAGCCUCCAAAGAGGAAGCCGUGCCCUCUCCCCACACAGCCCCUGGGUCCCCACCGCCCUCAGAAUCAAACCUAAACUCCCCGCCCAGCACCUGCCUCCACAGCCGUCCCGUGUCACCCACCACUCAGCGCUGUCUGCCCCUUCUGCGCUGCUGUCACCCAGGCUUCACCCAGGGAGAUACUCACCCAUUCACCCUGACUCCCCGCUUCCCACG